AUGCGUCUGACAAGCUCACUCUUUCCUCUCGCCGCGUCGACAGCUUGGUCGUUCGCAUCGCCGCUCAACACUCGCCAGGCAGAUGACAAAGUUGGUUACCUCUUUACCAACUUUCCCGUAAACGAUGAGCAAGUCUACAUGCACCUGUCUGACGGGAACAACGCACUAUCCUAUCGACAGCUAUCUUACGAUGGUACAUCUGAGACAGCACGGAUUUUGGAGACCACAGUAGGCACGACAGGUGUACGCGAUCACUUCAUCAUUGCCGCUCCAAACAACAGCAAGUACUGGCUGCAUGCCACCGACCUCAAGGUCAAUGCGCUUGGUGGUGAUUUUAUCAACGCAACACGAUUUGGUAGCAGAAGCAUCGUUAUCUGGGAGUCGACCGAUCUCGCGAAUUGGAGCGAACCCCGGCUCUCUGCACCCAUAGCAAACGUGUCAGCCGGCAAUGUUUGGGCACCGGAGUCCUACUGGGAGUCUUCUCGCAAUGAAUAUAUCAUGAUCUUCUCGUCACGAUACUGGGACCCUGCUGAUGUCGACCGCACUGGUCGCUCACCCUCAAAUCAGCUCAUGUACGUGACAACGAAGGACUUCGAGACCUUCUCCGAGGAGCAGGUCUACUUCAGCCCUGGCUACCCGGUUAUUGACUGCUCGCUCAUCCAUGUACCGGAGCAAGGUGCGGAUGUCUGGUAUCGCUGGGUGAAAAGCGAGGUCGACUACAGAAUCUGGCAGCAGCGCUCAUCGAACGGCAUUCUCGGUACAUGGACGAACGUCGGCAAUGCGCCCGAUGGCACUCGAGUUACCUUCGCCAGCCAAUACGCCAACAACGAGGGCCAGCUGGCGUUCAGGGAUAACGUAGACUCUGGACUGUACCAUUUGUGGAUUGAUCAGAGCAGCACGGAGACAUAUAUCCCUGCGCAGGCGCGCACGCUUGAUGAUAUGGCUGUGUGGCAACUAUCGGACACAACGAACUUCACGAAGAACACGAAACAUGGAUGGGUGUUGCCUCUGAACCAGCAGCAGUACGAUUCGAUUGAGGCGAAGUACAAGUUCGUCUGA